ACAGACAGACAGAGAGAGAGAGAGAGAGAGAGAUCACAGGAGCGAAACACGGUCACACUGUUACAGCUGUGGGGUAUGACGUUUCUCCUUAUCCUUCAGUACGAAUUGUCCUCUGUAAAAUAAACAGACAGAGAGCAAAACCAACAUAGUUCUGCAAGCCAAAGUGCACGAAAGCAAACUGCUGGAUUCUUCAGAUAUAUGAAAUUUGUCAUUACGCUGAAAGAAAUCUUUUUUCUGACUCAAAGCUUCAUUCCUGGGUGAUCUCUGUGCAUUGAGUUAUGUCAACAGCUGCACUAAUCACCUUGUGUAGAUCUGGUGGCUUUCACGUGAGAAGAAGAGCACUGCUGACCUUCAAGCUGCUGCAGGACGAAAAGCGUGUGGUUCUCCUUUGCCAGAGCAGUACCAGUGAUCGGAGGUCUGCGCGAUUUGACAUAGAUGGCGGUGGCCGCCUGACAUCCUGGGAUUCUUUCGGAAUCUGGGACAACCGCAUCGACGAACCAAUUCUUCUUCCGCCCAGCAUAAAAUAUGGCAAACCCAUUCCUAAUGUCAGCCUGAGUAAAGUUGGGUGUGUCACUCAAAUAGGCCAACGCAAAGAGAAUGAGGACCGUUUCAGUAUUGGCAUGCUGACUGAUAACGUGCUGUAUUUUGCAGUGUUUGAUGGACAUGGUGGAACAGCAGCAGCUGACUUUUGUCAUAAAUACAUGGCAAAGCAUAUUGUACAAUGCCUUUCCCAGGAAGAGGAUCUGGAAAUGGUAUUGACCAAAGCCUUUUAUGAAACAGAUAAGGAAUUUGCAAGACAUAUCCGUUUAUCUCAAAAUGUCUCCUUACUUACAUCGGGGACAACUGCCACUGUGGCUCUGUUACGUGAUAGCAUUGAGCUUGUGGUGGCAAGUGUGGGCGACAGCCGGGCAAUUCUUUGUCGUAAGGGAAAACAUAAGCGACUGACUGAGGACCACACUCCAGAAAGGAAAGAUGAGAGGGAAAGGAUUAAGAAAUGUGGUGGAUUUGUUUCCUGGAACAGUCUGGGCCAACCACAUGUAAAUGGAAGAUUGGCUAUGACACGUAGUAUAGGAGAUCUAGCUUUAAGGUCUGUGGGAGUCAUCGCAGAGCCAGAGACCAGGCGGAUUAAGCUGCAACAUGGAGAUGAUGCUUUCUUAGUUUUAACAACAGAUGGGAUUAACUUUAUCAUGAACAGUCAAGAGAUUUGUGAUCACAUCAGUCAAUGUCAUGAUCCAAUAGAGGCUGCUCAGGUUAUUAUUGAACAGGCACUGCACUAUGGUGCAGAAGAUAAUAGCACUAUUAUUGUGGUGCCAUUUGGUGCAUGGGGAAAACACAAGAAUGCUGGCACCAGCUUUUCAUUCAGCCGUAGCUUUGUCUCAAGUGGAAGAUGGGCAUGAAGUGAAAAGACAAGUCUGUAUGCUGCACCCUAUCCAGUUUUCAAAAAGUAUUCAUUUUAAGGCCACUUUCAAAAACUACAUACUUAGUAUUUCCAUUUGGUCAAUGUUCAACCUGUUAAGACUGUAAUGUGAAUAAGGCCAGCUAGCUAGACAUAGAAUUAAAACAUUGCUGUGUCAUUUUAACAAAGGAUUUAAUAACUGGACAGAAAUAAUUGGUCUUUGCAGAAGAAUAGGCAGCGGUAUUGAAAAUUCACUAAUUGAUCACUUUAGAUGUCUGUUUAGCUGUAGGAAAACUGUUGUCUUAUAUAAAUUCUCAAAUACACAGUAACUGGUUAUAUUCAGUUUAGUGCAACAGGGCAAAUACAGUUUGUGCCCAUACAAUUUGUGCCCAUGUGUUUUCAGUUCUGGCACUGAAACAAGUCGAUUUGUUGGAGUGCAAGUACUGAACGUUAUAUCCAAUGCUGGGAAUUGGGGGAAAAAUUGGAUAUUUGUGGCGCCUCCUGUUACACUGAUACUGCUUAUCCAAUAUGUCCUUGAAAGAACCUUUUCCUCUGCUCUGAACAAUUUAAAUACAUUGGAAGAAAAUUUUGCCCUGUCCAAUAUUGAGCUGCUUUAUUGCUAGGGUUUAGCCAAGCACUUAUCACUUUUCCCUAACUACUCUAAUUUCCUUGCUUCAAGCAUGGCUGCCAAAGCACAAGGAGGAUUAUAUUUCUAUCCAGUCUUGGAAUUUGAGCUUUAAUGCAAUGUCAGAAAGAGCAUGAGUUAAGAGAUUUUCUCUUGUUCCCUAUUGUAAACUAAAUGUGGUUGGCGUUUGUAGCUGAAAGUCCAACUGCUAACACAUAAAAGGUAUGGGGGCUGUCACAGUAGGUGUAAUUUCUGCCACAAAUACCUGUGCCUCCCCAGGUCACUUACAGAAUGGCUAAGUGGUAUAUGACCAGAAUAUAUGUAAUGGUGUGCCUUCCUAGCCCUACUUUUUUCAGCACUCAUCUUGGGUCGAAUUUGAGAAGUGUAAAGUGUAGUACACUUGGAUCUAUGAUUUGAGUUUCAGUGCAAAGUAAUGGGAUAUUAACGAUCCCAAACCAGGAGGGCAUUAAAAUUAGUCUAUUUUGCUCCUGAAUGUAGACCUAAACCAUUUAUGCCUCUGAAGUGUCUUAGGAUGGGUUUUUUCUAUGUUGGGGACACUAUGUAAAUGCAAGUUUUGUAAAAGAAAGGAAGCAUUCAAUAGGAUGAAUGUCUUUCCCUUGUUAUUGUCGCAUGCUGUUGAAUUUGCCCAAAUUAUCAAGCCAGAGUGUCUUUUUUUGUGUGGAGAACAAGCACAGCUGUGUGAUUUCAACUGUUGGAACUUUCUAACAGUAACUGGAAGAUGGGAAUCUUUGGCGUCUAAAGUAACUUGGGUUAAAAUCUCUCCUUUUUUUAACAGUUUGUACUUUACAAUAUAAAAAAUAAAAUUCCCACUAAGAUCAGUUUUGGACUAGAUACGCAGACUCUUCUGAGGGCUAGGGGUUGUAUGAAUGCGUUGGUGGAGAGUGGUGGGGGGGGAGAGUUGUGAGGUGGGAGAAAGAAUAAGUGAUCAAACUUAUGGCACAAUGAGGGCAUUAUGGAAUAAUCCGGCAAUCCACUUUCAGUGUAUUUGUAUAAAAUAUGAAUGGGAAGAAGCUCAAUUAGAAGAAAGGAUGUGUUCUUUACUGUAAUUCCAAAGGAUAAUGUAAAUUAGCAGUGCAAGUCGUGGCAACAUGGUGUCUUUCUUUCUCUUGCAUACCACCCCCAAUCCCAGAUCUCAGUAUGAAAAAUUGGAUUGAGACCUUUAUUUUCACAGUGUCAUUCUAUAACCUGUAGAACCCUAGCAAUAGAUGGACAGGGUUUGAUUAUGUUUUUUUGAAGCAUCUCUGAUUGUACACAGUGGCUUACAUUAAAUUUAAAGUAAGAACUUUGUGGAUUGUCCCUUGGGUUUAAUUUCUUCAGUCAUGAUAAAAUACAACCACCUGUAUAUCCUGAGCUGGUAUUUUUCUUUGGUGUUUUUAUUUGUAAAUAGGCUAAAUUAAAAUGCUGUGGUUUACUCAUGGUGUGAAAGCAGAAUAGCCAGAGGUAGGAAAGGAUUUUCUGCUGGUUUUUUUGCCAGUUUGGUAAAUCUUCAUUUAUACACUAUUUAUCAAGAUUAGAAAAUGUGAUUUUUUUAAAUAUAAAAUUCUAGACAUUUCUAACCUUACCUUCCUGUAUUGUUGAGCUCACAUGUUUUAUCUGUUACUGUAGCAAAUAGUAGGGAAUUUGCAAAGCUAUAAGAAAAGGUUUAGUACCUCAAGUUGUCCAUACGCCAGCAUGCAGUGCAGUGCAGUAAGCUAUUUGAACUGUGAUUUUAAACCAGCAGGAUUUACCUGAUCUCUUUGGUAUAAAGACUGAUCUGCACUUAGUACAUUCAGGUAAUUAGAAGUUGGAUCCUUGAAAUGGUUGUUGAUGGUGAAAUGAACAUUAUAUACGAUAUAAAGAGAUUUUCAGAAUUACUCGCUGUUGUAAAUGUGGCUAUAAACCUCACUUAACCACCAUUUUCAAAACGGUUGAUAUUGUCCAGAUAUUUUAUGAUGAGUCUGUGUGCAUGUGGGUACUUCUCCCAGGUCUUGUAUUAUAAUGUGUAUAAUAUGUAAAUACUUGUGUUGUAUAAAGCAUUAAAUCAGUAAAUAUACAUUAGAUCUAUAUUCGUCUUGUUUAUUAAACAUGUACUAUAUUAUGGUUGAACUGGCUUUGUUUAUACAGAUUUUGCACUUCUAUUUUAACCAUGUCUUUUUAAUAAACCGGUAGAACCCUAGCGAGCUAAAAGCAGGUUCAAUUACAUUUUGGAGGCAAUACUAGAAGGCAUACAUUGUAGUCACCUAAAGGACUUCUGUUGGUGAGCUACAGCUGUGAAUUCAACUUUUUGUGAAUAAUUUCUGUUUCAAAUAGAGGUCUAUUUGGAAGGAAAUCUAUUCUUGUUAAGAGAUGAUGGUUUGCUUUUUGUUGGGUAGUCACUGCACUGUUUAGCACAUGGAUGUUUUCAAUAUAUAGAAAUGUACUGUAAUCAGAAAAUAUUCUAUUUUGUAUGCUUUGAGUGCAUAAAACUUUAGCGUACCCUUUGUGUGCAGCUCCCAAAACAAUAGCUUAGUCCGUGCAAUAAGCCAGACUGGGCAAUGAAACCUGAAACUAUGAAAUAUAAUAGGACAAAGUGAAACCAUAUUCAAUGUAAAGUGCACACUAUCCUGUUGCUCUACCACACUAGUUGGCUAGCUGCAGUGUUUUGUAAAUUUAUGUGCUUAUUGCAACCAGUACCCAACUGUGCUGUGAUAUCACUUAAUUGAUUGUAGAGUUGUGCAAUGUGAAUUAGUGCUGGAUUUAAUUAAACCAGUAACUUGAGUGACUCCCCUCAAUCUCCAUUCGUUAGUGAUAAAUUUCUCAUCAGCCAUUAUGCACCACACAAAAUUAUUGCCUAUAGCCUUAGUGGAACUGGAGAGCGAUUAGUUGUAUGGCCCUAGUAUUGUCUAAUGCUAUUAUAUUAAGUGCAGCAUAUCUUGAAGGUGGUGGUUGUAGUUUGAACCAUGCUGCUAUGUUGGUGUGAUGGUUAUGUUAUUGGACUGGUAAUCCAGAGAAUUCAGGUUCAGAUCCCUACAUGUCAGUUUGAAAAUUUCAGUUCAUGACCUUGAUGCAGUCAAAUUGACUUGAACCCAACUGGUUCACUAAUGCCCCUUUUAGGGAAAGAAACCUGCACUCUUUACUCGAUUUGCCUAUACAUGACUCCACACCAACAUGGUUGACUCUUAACUACCCCCAAAUGUGACCUAGCAAGCUGCUCAGUUCUUUCAAACUUUCCAGCAUUUCAGCGCAGGAAAGAACUUCCUUACUGUGAAUUAUCUGAAGUCAUUUUUAUUUACGUAAACACCUUUCAUCAGAUUUUUGGAUCGAAUCAUUUGAUCAGUAAAUUGUUUAACGUAGUGCAGCAAGUAAGCUGAGUAGAAUGUGAAAGCAAUUGUAAAUAGGAUUCAAGCUGUCCUGGUUUUAAAAAAUCAGAGAAUCACCUUUUAACGGUCAUUAGAGUUUUUAGUGGAGCAAUGCUGCAUUCGUAGUUGUCUUCAUUUUCAAGUAUGAUGUUUUUUCUGGUUUUUUUUUCUAUAGUUUAAUUCUAGUAUACACAACCAUUAUUUGCCGGAAUUUGCCAAAGUAAUUUGUAAUUGCAACAGCUGUGUAUUAAUAAUAUGAUAACUUUGCCUAUAUUUGUCAUACUGAUUUAUUUUCAUUUGUUUUACAAGUCUGAACUUUGAAGGUUUUCCGUUUCAAACUGACCAAAAUUGUAUUAGAAUUCCCGCUUUUUCCCUUUUCUAAUGUCCUACUUGGAUUUACAGAUUGGAAGCUAUUACUUGUAUGAUACUGACUAUGUUGCAUCUUUUUCAAGUUCGAAUUGUAGAUGUUAUGGUAAUGCAUGAUGAGAACAGCAUAUACUGCUGUUGUACAGUAACUGUGAAAAAUGUAAGCUCUAUGUAACCUUUCAAUAUACUAAAAUAAAAUUAUUUACAUAUAA